AUGCUUGAAAAGGUGGACUCGAAUUUGUUUGUAUUCGGACGGAAAUUUCAGAACGAUAUCGCGGAUUUUGUCAUCGCCCCUUCUGGGAGGUCGACAAUCAGCCGUGCCCACUUCGGCAUCUGCGGCGAUGAAUUCGGCUACUACAUACAGAAACUUGGGCCCAACUCAUUUCGGGUCAAUGGUAUCGAGCUUCUGGACAAUUCAACCAAGCUUGGACUAAACGUGCACGUUGCGAACGUGGUCGAAGUUGACAGUAUUCGGCUGGAAGUAUUAUGCUGCCGCUCCCAAGUCUUCCACUCCGACCCCCCGCCCCAACGUAGUGAAGUCUCUCGUUCUCUGGGCGAGCAGGCAUGCACGACUAUCUUGGGCGAACCCAGCCGUUUCAAUACCCAGCGUAAAGACGACCUCUGGUAUUAUCCACACGAACUCGCACAGCCAAACAUGGCUGUUGCAAUAGCUCCGUGGACACGACAACAAUUCCUAGUCUCAACCCACAAGUCCGCCGAUUACAAUAGAAUGAAGUCGUCGAUACGCUCCCUGCAAGCUUUGAAACUUUUCAUAUCGUUAACACCUCUUCGCACGAAUACUGUCUCCGUGAGUCGAGACUUGAGAAAUGAAAAAGACAAAGGCUGCCAGGGCAUGGCGAGGAGAGUUUUCUGGGGCCUAUUCCGCACAGUCCUCAAGCUCCACGGUUUAAACUGCAUUCAUGGUAAUCUCAAUGCAGACAACGUCUACAUCAGCCGGGACGCCAGGUCCCCAAACAUCUUCAUCGGAGGCUUCUGCGGCUCGCAUGCACCAUCCAGACACCCAACGACGAUAACCGACUGCUGGGACAUUUUCAAGUUGACCCACCGAAUACUCGGUAAGGGCUCGCUUGCGCAUAGACAAGCUGACAAACUACUGCAAAUAUAUCGUACCCCUGAGCCAAAGAGUUGGGGUUUGACGGUUGCAGACGUCUGCGGGCUACUCAAGGUCGACAAGGGACAAGUCCGCGACAUCUGGUCAUCGCUGAGCGUGUCUCGCGAAUUCGAUUUGGAGGUUACGGAUAGUGCAGUUCUUGCUCACCGGGCGGAGACCUAUUUCCUCCAUCAAACCGGAGCUCAAACUGGAAACUGGAAACUCAGAAAACAUGUGCCUCGUGCGCUCAAUCUUGCUCCGCCACAAGAGAAGUGCAAUAGGGGUUUUACUGAGCCGUCCAUCAAGCUAGAGGAUCUAGCUCACGCCGCUCGUCACCUUUCUCGCAAGUACGAAGUCCCGAACUCGGUUUAG